AUGGAUGACAACAAAGAUCAGUCGGAACCUAAGGCUCCGGACUAUCUCGAUUUGUACAACACAGUGACCGAAUUGCGAGAGAAAUUGCGCCUACUGGAAGCAUCGGCGACUUCGAACAAUCAACCGCCGACGUCGAACCUGCCAACGCUCGCCUCGACGACGUCAAAUGUUCCGGUCAUGACACCGUCCGUUGACUACCGCAUCCUGCCAGAUGUCAGCACGUCUAUUUGGACUUUUACCGGUCACGAGACUAGUGCACAAGCGGAUGACUGGAUCAGCUCCGUCGAUGGGUUGGCACAGGUGAACCACUGGCCGUUAAGGUAUCGACUCCAGUAUGUACGUGCGCAUGUGACAGAAGCCGCUCGUAGUUGGUUCUUACUAGAAGUAUUUGAGGAUUGGGACUAUUUUGUACAGAGAUUCCGUAGGACGUUCGUGCGUACACUACGAAAGGCAGACCUAUGGAGGGAACUUGAAGCACGGAUUCAGGCAAUGAACGAACCCACAAUUGACUAUUACUACGCGAAAAUCGGAUUGUGCCGUUCAUUAAGCCUGAGCUUCGCCGAAACGCGUGACUAUAUCCUCGAAGGACUUAGGUGA